AUGAGUGAACAAUCAGAAAGUGGAUAUCAGUUGAAAUUCUGGGAAUGUCAGAACAUAUUAACGGUGUAUUGUCAUGUGAGAAUGAGCGCGUACAUUGUAUUAUGUUAUGAACUGAGGAUGGAUGGAAUGCUGGAUGUUAAUCAUCAUAAAACAAACCAAGAAAGCCACAGGAAACAAGAACAAAAAAACACAUGCAACUGA